CACACACACACACACACACACACACACACACACACACACACACACACACACACACACACAUAAGCGCGCACACGUCUUGAGAUUGAGCUGCUCUUUUAAAUCCACCUGUCCAGGUCUGCUCGCGCUCUCGCUUGCGGGCUGCUGAUUGGUCGGCUGAGAGAGGAAACCCCGUGCUCUCCGGCUCCAGAACAAAAGCCUCUUCAUCCUCAUCCUCAUCUUCAUCCUCUCCGAACUGCUAGGCGACCUCAGUCUUCCUCUCGUCGCGGGACGGAUUACCGCGAGGGCUCCGCGUCUCCGGGUUAGCGCGCGCCUGCACCUCGUCUCCUCCUCCUCCUCCUCCUCCUCCUCCUCCUCCUCCUCCUCCUCCAUGGAGCUAAACACACUCCGCGACCCCCGCUGCUGAAGCCAUCCCUCCCCUCACCCAUCUCCUCCUCCAACCGUCUCCUCCUCCACCCAUCUCCUCCUCCACCCUGCGCUCGAGCGGAAGUCCUCAGACACAUCUGGAGACGAGGCGCCAUGUGGUGAUGCCGCUCCGCCGCGCGCCGCGUCUCCCCACGGCGCCCUGACCGCCGCUCUCCCGCACCUCGUCGCGCGCCUCCCCCGAUGUGUUUGGUCGGCGCGGCGCUCGUGGGAAGCCAGCCGUCCUUCGCCCUCUCCACCAUGUUCACGUUCGCCGCCUUCUGCUACAUGCUGUCGCUCGUGCUGUGCGCCUCGCUCAUCUUCUUCGCGAUCUGGCACAUCACUGCGUUCGAGGAGCUCCAGGCCGACUUCAAGGUGCCGAUCGAUCAGGGAAACCCACUCCACGCGAGAGAGAGGCUUCGCAACAUUGAGCGCAUCUGCAACCUGCUGAGAAAGCUGGUUCUCCCAGAGUACUCCAUCCAUGGUCUGUUCUGCAUCAUGUUCCUGUGCGCCCAGGAGUGGCUCACGGUCGGGCUGAACAUCCCUCUGCUGUUCUACAACACCUGGAGCCGGUACUUCCACAGCCCGACCGACACCAAGGAGCUCCUCUACGACCGGCCGGUCAUGAACGGGGACACCCUCAAGUUCUGCCUGAAGGAGGCCUGGUGCAAGCUGUCCUUCUUCGUCCUCUCCUUCUACUAUCUCUACUGUGAGUUCUCUCCAUGUGUUCACCAUAGUGAGUUCUCUCCACGGUUCACCAAGUGA